CACUGUUCAAAAUGGCGACUCCUACGAUCUUUGAUAAUGAUUCUGAUGUUUGUCGAAAUUAUCCAUGUUCUCCUUGUUUGAAAAACGAUAAAAAGGAACAGGAAUCUACAAAGUAUUGCAUGGAUUGUAAGGAGCACUUCUGCACCACUUGUGAACAAGCGCAUGGUCGUUUCACUCAAUUCAGAGACCACGUGAUAACCAAACCGACUAUUGUUUCAAAGGAUUUAGUUUAUAGAAAGGACCUUAAAGGGGUCCGGAAAAAUGACAAGAAACUGGAUGCUAUGGGCUUUUGUUGUAUAACAAGUGGAGAAACUCGGUAUACUUUGUUAUCUGAUUACCAAAAUGAUCAGGUAAUAGUUUGAUCUUGUGUCAACUAUUGGCAUGCCUGGGCAUCCAUACGCCCUUUGUGAAAUCACAAGCAUCAGUGCGGUUGCUGUGACAAUUUCGAACACGACCAAGCUACUUUUACUUGAUGUCUCGAGUGACGGCAAUGCUACGAUAAAACAGGAAAUCGAAGUUCCAUUUGCCUGUCGUGGGAUAACUUACGUGCCACAAGAAUUCGUCGACUGUUUGGUCAUUGUCAGUGGUGGCGAUCCAAGUGGUCGUGAUAAAAACGAAAAGGGUAAAAUCGACAUAUAUUCCAUUGACGCUUCUGGAGCUGAUGUUAAACUUGUCCAGGUCCGCGAAGAACUUAUAACACUGGACAAUACAACCCACCAGCUUUUUCCACGGAACGUCGCCAUAAAUAAUGCCAAGGAUUCAAUCUUGAUAACCGGAGCACAGUUAGGUGUUAUUAAAAUGAAAGGUAAACAAAGUAUUACCAAAAGCUCCGUCUUCAAUAGCAAAUUUGCAAAAACGACUAGAGGAAUUUGUGUCAACGACAAAGAUGAAGUGUUUGUUACAGGUCUUGCCACAAAAAAUGUACUAAAAUUUGCCAGUGAUGGUACUCUUAUAGGCGAAAUUGUCAAUGAAAGUCACGGUCUCGUAAUUCCAUUGUCUCUACACUAUGACAAUGUAAGAAACUUGCUGCUUAUUGGCAGUGCUCGCCACGACUGUUCCUUCCUGUACGUAAAUUUAUAAAAUGGGUGAUACAACAGAAAUUGUUUUUCCGUAUGGUUAUGGCAAUUAAUAUUUAAACCGCAUGGUAGCGAAGAGACGUUAUAUUGGACAUUCUUUAUUUAUAUUGAACAGUCUAUAUAUGUGUGAAAGGACGCGGCCUUUUGGACGAGGAGAGGCAUUUCAUUGGAUGGCAUGAAUGAUGGAAAAACAUAUUUCUUUUAUUUUGAAAGUCUGAUAGUAGUUUUACAUUCAGUUAAGUGAAUGCAAUAAUUCAGUUUCGUUUGAGCAGCGAAUACACAUUAAGGGUUAUUCUUUCUUCCAUUUCAUGUAUUGACCCGCCGAUCGCCAUGUAUAAAUGAACACGUUAUUUCUUGUCAAUGAUCAAGUGUAUUUUAACUGUUCAUUGUAUAUAACUAUGUUGAAUGUUUGAACUGAAGGAAAUUUAUGUUCUGUUAUGUUUUGUUCGUAUGAAGUUUAUUAACUUUAAAUCAAGUUCACUUUAUUCAAGUACACUUAUACUAAAUCUGUGAGGCCACUUAAUGCGGCAACAUGAACAUUGCAUCCAUGUAACACAGUAAACAUGUUUAUGUAUAGAUCCUUACAGUAAUGCUACUCAAGAAUAAAUAGCAAAUAAACAGUUUUGCAAUUUAAAGAAAAAAGUUACUAUGUGUAAAUAAACAUUAUUUCGCUCUGUAUUAGUAGUUUGUAUUUUUUUUCUCAAAGUUGUAGAAAACAGAGUAAAUUUGUUUUGUUUUGUUUUUCAACAUUUUAAGGUUUACAUUUUAAAAAUAAUGCAGCUUAUGUUUGGUUAUCAAGUUAAGGUUUAUCAUAUUUACGAAAUGCUUGACGAAAAUGGCAAGCUUACGUAGAAUUUUAAACUUGUCUGUUUUUAUCAACUGAAUUGUUUUCUUGUAUCAAAGCAUUAUAUGUAUGACAGAACUCGCUUUGAGUCUUGUGUAUUUUGUAUAUAUAAAUUAAUAUCUAUUCUUACUAUGUAUUGCUUACCUGCCUUUUGUUUGAACACUAUAUUUUGCAACGUAUUGUCUCUCCUUAAAUAUAGAGCCUAAAUAAAGGAUUUGUCUCUU